UUUGAAAAAGAACCGUUCGCAAUGGCGGCUCCCGCGGGUUCCGGAGAGGCUGACGAGCUUUUCGACCUGAGGAACAACUUCUACAUCGGGGCCUUUCAGGCGGCCAUCAACGAGGCGCAGCGAGUCAAGGAUGGGAUUGAGGUAAACAAGAAGCAAGCCGAAGAGCUGACAACAACGAAUCCAACCAGGCAGACGAGCUCAGUGCCAAGCGAGAUGACCAGGAUGUCUACUUUUACACCGCCAACGCCUUUCGACCCAGCCAGAGAGAAGUGGGGGUCGUACAUGGCUCGGUUCGAAUGCUUCCUGGAGGCUAACGACCUACACAGAACCUCUCCGACAACAGAAAAAGAGCUCUCUUCCUGAGCCACUGCGGCCCCGAAGUCUUCGACAUGGCUGAGUCACUAUUUGAGCCGACCCCGGUUCAGUCGGUACCAUGGCAGGCUUUACAAGCCUCACUAAAGGCACACUACGCCCCGGUAACCUCCAAAUUCGUCCAGAGGUAUGAGUUCCGGCAACGGCUGCAACGAGAGGGAGAGCCGAUCAGCACUUACAUGGCCGCCCUGCGCAAGGCCGCCAAGCACUGCGAGUACCAAGACCUCGAUGAAGUGCUCCUAGAGCAACUAAUCUGCGGCAUUGGAGAUAUUCGCCUACAGAGAAGACUUCUGGCCAGGUCAAAUCUGACUCUACCCAUCGCUCUUGAUGAAGCAAGAGCACACGAAUCCUCCACCAAGGCUGUGGAGACCCUGCAACGACUAGCACCAUCGCAGACAAUGCACAAGUCAGCCCCAGUGCACAGUGAAGUAACCCAGACCGACAGCGAAGAAGAGUUGGACGAAAACGUCUUCCAAACAGAAAGGCACAGACGUGAGCGGAGAGAGCGUCGAGAAGACUGUGCGAGCUGCGGAGGGUCACACCAACAGCAGACCUGCAAGUUCAGAGACUCCAUCUGCAGACAUUGCGAUAAAAAGGGGCAUUUGGCAAGGGUGUGCAGGGCAAGUCUACCAUCCAGCCAUAAGCCGAAGAGUGGUCCUAGUCAAUCCAAGCCAGCGGGGCACAAAAGAGCCAACAAAUAUGGCGAUCCAAAAAAGGCGCGAAUCUCAAAAGUCAUUAACUCCAGUGCUAAAGGUCUUUCAGGCGAAAAUUGAAUGGUCUUCAGCAUGGCACUAGGGUCAUGCUGAAGACCAUUUAUUAUUGGUUAAGAAUAAUCGAGAUGGAGGAAGGGAGGUUACCAAAGCUAGCGCUAAUAGAUCAGUUUAUCUCAAGUUAUAAAAAUAAUUGGUUAUCAAGCGUUCUGAAGCAGGUAUGUAGCUCUGGUAUUCCUUUAAAUUGGCAGCAGUACGAUCAUAGGCAGAUCCGAAAUUGGCUUGCACAGAGAUUUAAGGACAUAAGUGCACAAUCGGAUAUUGCACAGGUGACAGCAGUAAAAGUUUGCCCCGGUUAUCGGCCAAUAAACAAAUCUUUAAAAUAGAAAAAUAUUUAACUCUGCCUUUGUUUCCCGUCAUAAGGAGAUAUUUUAUCAAAUUGAGAUUAGACCAACUUCAAACAAACAUGCUUUGGGGUAGGUAUAAGGGUAUCCCUGUAAGUGAAAGAGUCUGUUUAUGUGGGAAGGGGGAAGUUGAAACAAUGUCCCAUGUAAUUUUUGACUGCCCCCUGUACUCAAAUUUGAGGGAACAUCAGCUGGGCAGGAUCUUUUACGCCAGCACCCCUAAGUCUAAAGAGCGCUUCUUGCAACAUUGUUGUUAGGUUCUAACUUGCAGCUGGUGAAAUGGAUUGCCAAAUUUGCUGUAAAAUUGAUGGAAAAAAGGACAAAGUUGGUGCAGCAGAAUGUAAUAGACUGCAGGAAAGAUCACUUGAUUUAAUAAUGUAAUUCUAAUAGUAGUUUUAAGACUGAUUGGGUAGAUGCAGGGGUGACAUUGUAAUAUAAUUUUAAUCAUAUUUAAUUUGCAUCUCAAAUUAUUGUAUUCUAUUCUGAUUUCAUUCUAGAUCGUAUUUUACUCUAAUUUCAUUUUAAAUCGUGUUUUAUUCCUAUUCCAAUUUCAUUUUAAAUUGUUUCUACCAAACUUUUGUAAUAAUUGUUUCUGGAGCGCUGCACUUUGAUAUGGCCCAAGGGCUAAUCAAUAAAUAAAGAUUGAUUGAUUGACCUCAAAAGUCACGAGACCUGCAGCACCACAGUAGGUCAAGCAAGUACCGCCGCCGUAGAAAAGAAGGUACACAGCGUGGUGGAAAUAGAAGGUGCCUAUUGUGGGGUGAUCGUGUCAUUGUACCCUUAUGCUUAAGGAAAAAGGUUUUGCGUAUCUUACAUGACGGGCACCCCGGAAUUGUUAGGAUGAAAGGGCUAGCCAGAAGCUACAUUUGGUGGCCACAAAUGGACAACAACAUUACCGAGUGGGUGGAGAAGUGUCAGCCCUGCCAAGAGUCCAGGCCAGAUCCCCCCGCAGCGCCAGUGAGGGAAUGGGAACGACCCCAAGGGCCCUGGUCUAGAAUCCACAUAGAUUUCGCAGGCCCCUUUCACGGCCAAACAUUUUUGGUCAUUGUCGACGCCUAUUCCAAAUGGCUCAGAAUCAACGUAAUGCAAUCCAUGACAUCCAAAGCGGUAAUCAAGGUGCUUCGGAAACACUUCGCCGCCCAUGGGCUACCCGAUACCCUCGUAUCAGACAACAGUCCCCAGUUUACUGCUACCUAAUUCGAGGGGUACCUAGCGGAGUUGGGAAUCAGGAAUGCACUUUCUGCAUCUUUUCAUCCGGCCAGUAACGGCCUGGCUGAAAGGUUCGUGAGAACAGCCAAGGAGGCACUCUCACGGCUAGACGCUGGGACUGGCAGGCCAGAGUAGACAAGUUUCUGGCUGCCCAACAUGCCACACCAUGCACUGCCACUGGGCACAGUUCGGCGGCCGAACUCCUGAUGGACAGAAAACUUAAGUGCAUGCUGCACUGGCUACACCCCAAUUAUUCCCCGGAUGGUUUCAAGGGAGCCGAUGGGAAGCUGAGGGAAUUCCAGAUAGGGAUACCCGUGUUUGCCAGAAAUUAUGCCAAUGGGCCCCUAUGGUUAGCCGGGACUAUUUCUGACAUAACCGGUCCCAAGUCACACACAGUGGACAUGGGAGAUGGGAGAAUCUGGAGAAGGCAUGUAGAUCAAAUCCGAAAAAGUAGUCACAGAGCCAGAACCACAAUCAGUAACUCCAAUCCCUAACUACCAAACCUUUCCACGACAACUAGCUCACGCCCGAGAAGGUUGUGAGACUUAUUUGAGGACUUUGGUGUCCAGCAGCACCCCCCAGCGAGACGCUAGCCCCAGCUGAAGAAAUCAACGCCCCCGAAGUGAUCCAGGAGGUUCCAUUGGCGGAGCUGGGAGAGACAAAAGGUCCCUCUGACCAGCUCAACGCCACGCCUCAGACUGAACUGCACAUGUCAACUAGGCGUAGGGAACACCCUAGUCAACUGCGUGAUUUUGUAUGUAAAAAUGUAAAUAUUGAGCCUAAGUGUUCUCUGGGAAGGGAGGAGACUAAUGUAUAUGGUUUUGGCGGGAAGUUUAAAAGAACAAUAGCCCAUUGGUGAUUGGCUAACUCCGUGGCCGGAGAAGUAUAUAAGGGGAGCUGUUUUACUGUAUUUUUGCUGGAGUCACACUGUGAAUUAAAGAGCUGUUGUCACUGAAGUCCUUGUUUCUGCCUCCUCAUGCACCCAACUUAACAGGAAGGGAAGGGGAAUGGGAAAGAGAAGGAGAGGAAGAACGAAGAAAGUAAGAGGAGAGAGAGGAAGGAAGGAAGAGAAGGGGAGGAGAAGAAGAAAGGUUGUAGCAAAAUAAAGAAGGGUAAAUGGUAAAAGAGCAGCCCCGAAUAAGUAAAAAUUUAAAUUGAUAAUUAUAGUUAAAAGAUAAGAGGAAUGAAAAAUGGUGGAUAAAUGACUGUUCAUGUAAAUAUGUUUAUGAGAAAUAAAAAUAAAAAAUUUUUUGGAAAAAAAAUGUGGCCAUUUGAAAGAGAGAGAGAAAAAGAAUAAAUAGCAAUA